UGAUACAUAUGGUCACCUAAUAUUAUGUCAUAUAUGAGAAAUAUUUGCUUACAUGUACUCAAUAUAUUAAACACCAUAUGAGGUGAUAUAUACAAUUUAAUAAUUAUAUGCAUCAUUAAGUAACCAACUCACAAAAUAUAGAUUGAUUAUCUCAUAAGUUGUAGUCGAGUUGCCUCUCUAGUCACAAUGUUGGAAUAUCUCAUAAGCUCAAAACGAGACAGUUCAUGAGUUGUAUUAAACGAGCCACCUUAUCGAGCUCGUUCAUGAGCUUCACGAGCCGAACAAGGUAGAGCUCAAUAAACAAGCGAAACUUUUCUGUAAUCGAACGAACUUUUAUCGAGUUCGAAAUCGAAGUAUCAAACCAUUCACGAGUAGCUCGACUUAUAACAGCCCUAAUUGUAGUUAGCUCAGGAACAAUUCACCAAGCUUCAAUUGGCCGUUGUGACUUGCGUGUUCACUCACACAAUCGCAUGGUGGUCUCCCGUCCAAAGCUUUGGUACUCUCUUCCUGAUGUUAAUGUCAUUUUCAUAAAGUUUUUAACAAUUGACAAAAUGACCAAUUUUGGACUAGUAGAAUAGAGUUGUAGUUCAAAGUUCAAAUCAUUCAACUCUGGGUGUCAAUUUAUCCACAUUUAAUAAUAAUACAUGUCGUAUAGGUAUAGUCCUUUGAAUUAGCUAUUCAGCAGAGGUUAUUAGGAUGGUAUGGAGUAAAACAACUAGGAAUUGGGUUGAGUAAACAGCUUGCAUAAUUCAUUGAAGUUUAUGUGGGGUUUUUUAUAUAUCUAAUAUUAAAUUUUAAAAUUGACACGCUUAUAUGAACAAAAUAUGUCUAGUGAACAUUUCUUCAGUAAAUUGGCAAUAUUUUUUAUUUGAUUUUUACUUUAAAUGAACAAUGCUUUUGUUGCUUGAAAUGGUUGAUCUUAAAAAAAAAACGUAUAUGUUAUUGGCUAUUUUAAACUACACUUAUGUUUUUGUAAAGAGUAGUUGGUGAGUUCAAAUUUGAAUUUAGAUCGUUAGAGAAAAUACCUAAAAUGUUUUUCAGGUAUCUUUAGACCGUCCCUUGUUAGGGAAAACUUGUAAGUGAAUGGUGAUGAUGAAAUCCUAUCACCAACAACACCAUGGAUGGAAGUCAAGAAUAUGAAACAAAGAAAUUCAAAUCAAUAUUCUUAGCCUGCGCAAAGACAAAACACAACAUCCAUAUCUCCCAUAUCAUUUUCUGUUUUAAAUAAAAAUAAAAGGAAUAAGCCAUCAUUGGGGCAAAAAAAAAAAGAUAUUAUUCAUCCAAAUUAAAUGAAAUGAUUUAUCAAAUAUUAUCAUGUAUUUGAAGCGAUUAAAUCAUAGCCCAUAACUUAGCAUGAUAAAAACAAAAAACAAAACAUGCAACAACCAGUUUGAGCUUCACAUGCUUCUGCUGUUUUUGGUUGCCCCUUUUCCUCCCAUGAUGAGGAUUAACAUUAUUUUGUUUAUGAUUGAUUGUAAAUCCCUAUCGUGAUAUCUAAAUUAAUCUUAUUUUAACAACAUUCAAAUGAAUGGGGGGAAAAGAAGAAGAAGCUGAAAGGCCAAUAAUGGUAGACAACUCAUGCUUACAAGAUAUACCUUCCUGGUCUCUCGUGAACUCUUCACAAAGCAAAAAUUCUCACAUGGAUCCCAACCCCACCAUUUGCAAUGGCAAUGUCAGGCUAUUGAGAUAAGGCAAAGGUGUCCCUUAAAUGUGACAGACACUUAUGAUGUCACAAAGGCCAAAUAACCCAUACCCUAGCAACUCAACACAAACAUAGCUGACUGUUUUCAUGAUUAUCUAAUGCUUCAAUAUUAGCACUGAACAACAACCGAUUUUUUUUUAAACGAUGGGAACGAUGAAGAUGAGAAACUUUAACUGUAACUUUAACUCGUAACAGUAACACUUUAAAUGUUUUUUUUUUAUAAUGUACUUCAACGUUAGGAUAAUAUUUGUUGUAUCUCAUAAAAUCGCUUUAUUUAUAUUGAAAUAUUUUAAUUUGUUGUAUCAUCAACUUGUUGGCCCGCUUUCAAGGGUUUCCUUCACUUUAAUGAUGUUAAAAAUUAAAAUUGAUCUCUGUAUUUAGCGAACUAAAAAAAAGCAACAGAACUUGAAGCCUUCACGGCUUUAACCAUAUACUGAGCGAGCUACUUGAGAAUGUCUAAACGGGUGUCAUAAAAUUCAUAAUAAACAGGGAGGGGGAACCCGAUGGGACACGUGGCACGAAUGCGAUGUCAGUCUUCAUCACUUUGCAACGGAACUUUGUCAGAAUAGCCAGGCUCAUUGGGCCCACCAGCCCACUGACGAGUAAGAAACCAAGUGGUCCACCCUCGCACUAAAUAGACCGCCGGGCCCAACCCAGCUAUCAUAUUUAUAAACCCUACAAUGCAAUUCUCCACAAUAUGCAGGCAGCUUCUAGCCAAAUGAUACCGUUGCUUAGUCCUUAGUGCUCUCAGAUUUGACUCCCCCCUAAAUGGAAAGGAAAAAAAAAAAAGUGUUUAAUUACUUUGCUGUUGUAUGGGGUCGGUUAGCAUGCUGGAAAAAUGACACCCCUAGUAUAUUAAAUACAACUAUAGAAUUUAAUACACACAUUAAAUACACAUUAGGAAUUAAAUGUAUCAUAUUAAUUAGGAAUUCUCUCACUAUUAAAUACACAUUAGGAAUUAAAUACACACAUUAAAUACACAUUAGAAAUUCUCUCACUAUAUUUUAUUUUUCUUUUUUCAGCAGUCUCCGACCACCAGACUUCCUCCGACCGCCACACUUCUCCGGUGAAAAUCCCAUCGGCAGACUUCCUCCGACCACUAGGGCUGGCGGACGGUUUUCCGGUUAGCGGCUAACCGGACGGUUUCAACCGAACCGUCCGAUUUUCGGCUAACCGAAAAACCGAUCCCAAUGGCGUCGGUCGGUCGUCGGUAGCAAGGGGAGAAGGCUCGGCUAGCCGACCAACCGAGGUUGAAAACCGGCGGUUAGCCGACUAACCGAGCCUAACCAAAACGACCUGGCCCCCCUUCUCAAACGACCCCCCCCCUCAAAACGACCCCCUCAAACCGACCCCCUCCCCAAACCCUAAUAGAGCCUAACCCUUCUCUUCCGUCAUCCUCUCUCUCUUCUCUUCCCUUUCACCUCUCAAACCCAGAAGACCUUGAAAAACCAGAAGAAGAAGAAGAAGAAAGAAGAAAGAAGAACUGUCACGAGACUCACGACCACCGCCGCCCUCCUUCUCCCUCACGACUCAUGACCACCGCCGCCUCCACCAUCGUCGACGUCGCCGCGCCGCCUCCACCAUCGUCGCCUCGCCGCUCGACCUCCGCCUCCACUCGCAGGCAGCAGCGGCUCGACCUCCGCCUCCACUCGCCGCUGCCUCCACUCGUCGCCGCCGCGCCUCUGCCUCCACUCGUCGCCGCCGCCGCGCCUCUGCUCUGUGUUUCCAGAUCUGAAAUGGAAGAAGGAAGGAGGGAGAAGGAAGGAGUGGUGGGUAUGACAUGGAGGAAGGAGAGAAGGAAGAAGAAGAAUCGAGAUGGUGAAAGUGGAUAGGAAGAAGAAGAAGAAUCGAGAAGUGAAGUGAGAGGGUGAGGAAUGAGUGGUUCAGAAUUUUGUUCCUUUUAAUUUUUUUUUAUAAAGGGUAUUUUCCGGUUGGUCAGCUAACCGAGCCUAAAACCGAAACCGACCGGUCGGUUGGCCGGCUAACCGUGACCACCCUCACGGUCGGUGGUCGGCAAGCAUGUAGGGUGGCUCGGUUUAACCGAUAACCGGGAUUUUGGUUUUCGGUUAAACCGAAACCGAUCGGUUGACAGCCCUACCGACCACCUCCAAAAAAUAUACCACUGCACUGAUACGGUGUACCACUGUACUGGUAGAUAUAUCACUGCACUGAUACGUUGUACCACUGUACUGGUAGAUAUACCACUGCACUGGUAGCGAUAUCAGUGCACUGGUAGCAAUGUCAUAUCUGAGUAUCAGUGCAGUGGUACAAAUACCAGUAAAGUGGUAAUUAAUGUGGUGUAUUUAAUGCUUACUUUGUAUUUAAUAACAGAACAUUUAUUAUGUUUACUUUCAUUAAUACUUGUCAAUAAUUAAUGAAAAAUUGACCAAUUAAAAGGGGGUGUCAAAAAACCAACCCCUUAAGGGGUUAGCAUGCUAACCCGUCCCCUGUUGUAUGUGGUUUCAAUUCAAUGGUUGAACCUUCGAGCUGGAAUCCGUUUGUUAGUUAUUUUUGGAGAAAAUGGUUUCAUUUCAUCCAAUAUUUAUCUUUGGGGUGAGCUUGGUGGUGUCACAUGUUUUGAGUUUUGUUUGUGUUUCUCUCUUUUGAAAGAAAGUACGGAUAUUAUCGAAAACAAGUCGAAUUUUUGGAGAGGUAAGGGUGACUUUUGAUUAAAUUAGUGUCAUUAUAUGUAGAAUAUGGACAGAAAAAGUCAGAUAAAAAGAGAGAAAUUAUUAAUAACAAGGGGAAAGACGGAUUUCUCUGCGUAAAAAGAUUAAGUGCCUUCGUGAUUUGAGUCUGUGUAAUCGUAUCAAAAUAAUAGAACUACAUAAAUAUAAUAUAGAAGCAUAACUGUGGUUUAAGGGGGUUGUUUGUUUAUUGAAUUUGGGUCAUCAAUUUUGUGACCAAAAUCCUAAAUUUGAUAGAUUUAUCCCUAGUCUAUUGUUUGUUGAUGAGCGUCACUACGUGAAAUCCUCGAAUUUGGAAUCUUUAGGGUUCAUACAAUAAAUCCAUAAAAACAAAUCAUCCAAAUAUGUCAUACAAACAAUAGACUCUUUUAAAUUUUAAAACAAGAGCAAGAGAGCUAAAUGUCGUGUGAAACUUGAAUUCACAAUCAUUGAUCGUUACCAUGAAUCUUCCAAAACUCCCACCCUUAUAAGGACUAGAAAAAGGGUGAAUGGAGGGAGGGAACGAGCAGGGGAGCGCAUAGAUUAGCUUGGAUUCGUGAGUUUGUGCCCCAAUAGCUUGUUAUGACUUACAAAAACAAGUAAGAUGCAUGUGUUGAACAUCAUAUUUUCCAUUAGAUGAUCAAAUGUAUCUAAGAAAUUAAUAGAGGACAA